AUGUGUGGCAUUUUUUGUCUGUUGAGUCUUUCGCCCACUCAUUUUGAGUGGGACAAGUCAGUACAUGAACAUUUGAAGAGGAGAGGGCCCAACUGGAGUCAGGAUCUCACAGUUACAGGCAGCAGCCCUUGCUACCAGUGUUUAUUCUCUGCCCAUGUCCUGCACAUGAGAGGUCACCUCACCCCUCAGCCUGUUCAGGACAGUGGUGGAAACGUGCUGGUGUGGAAUGGGGAGAUUUUUAAUGGGCUGCCAGUGUUGCCAAAGGAGAAUGACACUGUUGUUUUCUCUCAGUGGCUGUCAUCCUGUAGCAGCCCCUCAGAGAUUCUGUCUGUCCUGUCCAGCAUGAGAGGACCGUGGGGAUUUGUCUACUACCAAAAGGCUGGGGACUACAUCUGGUUUGGAAGGGACUUUUUUGGAAGACGGAGUUUGCUGUGGAAAUUUGAUGCAGGAGUUUUGACCCUGACCUCUGUCGCAGCCAACACUUCUUUGAGUAAUGAGUUUGCUUGGCAAGAAGUCCCUGCAGUUGGCGUGUACAGGAUUGACCUGAAGGCAGCUGCAGAAGCUGGCACUGUGACAUUUGAGCUUUAUCCUUGGGCGUAUGCUGGAGAAAGUGUCAUAUCUUUGUGCAGUGAAACUGUUUUGGAGUCUGUUCCCUGCGGAUGCACUGCUAUAAUGAACAAAUCAGGACUGGUACUCACUACACCUGUGUGUCCACUUAAUAUGUCCAUCCCAGAGUCAAUAAAUGAGACAGAAACUCAUCAACACGCACAGCCAUCUGUCAAAGAUCUGGACCGGCUGCUGUCGAGCAGAGAGAAAAAUGAUGUGGUGAACUGUCUGAUUGAUGUUCUCAGUGAGGCUGUAAGACGACGUGUCCAGUCUUUGCCCUUUGAGGUUCAAGACCUUUCGCCUGAGGAAGACACUGCCAGUGUUGCCAUACUCUUCUCUGGAGGUAUAGAUUCUAUGAUUUUGGCUGCUUUGGCCGACCGUCACAUUCCUGCUCAUGAACCUAUCGAUCUCCUCAACGUGGCAUUUAAACUACAGGAACCAAAGCAACAAAAAGAGUCCACAAAGAAUCACAAAAAGCCCAAAAAUAAGUCACCAGAUUCUAAGCCUGACGAUGCUGCUCACAGAACAUUCAGCCCAUUUGAUGUUCCAGACAGAAUUACUGGGAAAGCAGGUGUCAAGGAAUUGAAAGACUUGAAUCCCGGAAGACGAUGGAAUUUUGUCGAAAUCAAUGUAACACAAGAAGAGCUGCAGAGAAUGCGCCAGGAGCACAUUACUCAUUUGGUUUAUCCUCUGGAGACGGUACUUGAUGACAGCAUCGGCUGUGCUGUGUGGUUUGCAGCGAGAGGGACUGGGUUCGUCAUGGAGGACAAUGAGCAGAGACCUUUCUCAUCAUCAGCAAAGGUUCUUUUGACAGGAAUUGGAGCAGACGAGCAGCUCGCAGGUUAUUCCAGGCACAGAGUCCGAUUUAAGAUGUCCGGACACGAGGGACUGAUCCAGGAACUUGCCAUGGAGCUUGACAGGAUCUCCUCCAGGAAUUUGGGCAGGGAUGACAGAGUGAUAGGAGACCAUGGGAAGGAGGCCAGAUUUCCCUACUUGGACGAGGACGUGGUGAAUCACUUGAAUUCUCUGCCUGUGUGGGAAAAAGCCGAUCUGUCUCUUCCUCGAGGAGUCGGAGAGAAACUCCUCCUGAGGCUGGCGGCGAAACAGCUGGGCCUCGGUCAGUCUGCGGUCCUGCCCAAAAGAGCCAUGCAGUUCGGCUCCCGCAUCGCCAAGAUGGAGGACAGUCGUGAAAAGGCCUCUGACAGAUGCAGAAGGCUCCUCACUGGUUAGACAAAUCACUGGUUGUAAUGAAGAGCUGAAAGAUUGUUUGAAUAUAAAAGAUUCACAGAUUGUUGGCCAUUGAUGUCAUAUCUCGGCGGCCUUUGGACAUUGUGGCUUUGUUAUCAUUCAUGUCCUUAGACCAUGUAAGACUUGACAUCUUUGAGAUUUUCUCUGAAGUAACGGUCGCAUUCAAUAUAGGAAGACAAGUUUCCAACAUCGAAACGGCCCGAAAUCUGAUGAAUGUAUACUGGCUUCCUGAAAGAAAGAAAAAAUAAAUGAGAAAUGCACUAACAAUAGAAACAAACAGCCUUUGUCCAAAUGUAGGAUUACAAAGAAUUACCUCGGAAUGAGCCAAGACACAAAGUUUCCUGGGGCAUCUUUCUGUUCAAUAGGUGCUUCCUGAGGGGAAAAACUCAUCAUUUAACUCCAAAUGUCACGUUUGUUUACACAACAUGUUUGCUGGAAAAGCAAAGUUUAAAAGCUAGUUUAAAGCUGUAAGAAUUCACUGUUCACUUUAAAUCCACGGAGCUUGACCAAUAUAACGCAGAAACUGACCUUAUAUGUCCUCUGCUGUGUAUUUUACACUUAUGGAAACAGCAGUAGAGGACAUUAUUUCCCCACCUGCAUUAUUCCGACAAUUUUCUGAUUAACUUUCCUGCGUCCUACUCCGAAGAACACUUGCACGCGCAAUAAAAGCAUGUAGAAUUAAAGUUAGCUUUGGAUUCAGUACCUGAUAGGAAACGAUCACCUCUCAAGCUGAAUCCGUUACCUGUGGAUUCUCAUCUCUCGGUUUCUAUGCUCGCUUCAAGUGUAAUUUGGGGAAAUACUCCCACUCGUUUGUCUCUGGAUCUCUCGUGAUCUGCUAAAACAUUCUCACGUUUGUCUCCGGCUUCAACAGCCAUCCUCAAUUUGAAGAGACGAAUUGUCUCAUAUGUUGCCUGGUCUAUACGUCUAUGGAUUUGAACAAUCGCUGCUUCCUUACAAAGUGUUAUUUUGAUUCAUGACAGAAUUGUGUGACAACAGCUACCGGAGCUCUAUUUCUUUGUUUGUUGUUUGUUUUUUUUACCUUCUUUUCCUCAAGGAAGGUGUCCAACAUAGGAAGACUUCUCUUUGAAAACACAUAGAAACAAGGACACUGCAACACAGAAACAGUAGUGCAUGAGCAUGCUGCAGUUUGUAUUUCACCUGACGCUGAAACUAAAACCCAGACUUGAUGACGUGGGACACUGAGGCUCUGACUUGGCUCUUUGUUUGCCUUUAAAUAAAUAAGACCGUGUCCCACCGCUUAACAAUACGAGACCAACCACUUACCGCUGUGCAAACACUGAUACGCCUCAGAGCAGUGUUUCAUAUUUUAGCUGAGGUCACCGCUCCAGGUCAUAAUCUAACAGUGUAACACCAGAAGAGUACAUUUAAUUUUUUAAAUGGAUUAUUUAGGAAAUGCAGACGUUGUUCUAAUGUGAUUUUUAUACACAGUAAAGCAGUCAGACAGUGUUAAAUUAACACUAAGAGAUUUAGUGUAACUUAUAUUAACACUAAAUAAGUUAUAUUUAACUAAUUGUAUCUUGUCCUAAUCAGAAAAUUGUUAUUCUGCUCGCUUACACUACUAAAACCAAAGAUAAAACAAAAUGUCAUUUAUUUCAUAACAAUAACCACUAAAGCAAAAAGUUAAAUACAGACAUAUUUUAUUUUUCAAAGAAUAACUUCUAAAACUAAAUGUAAAGUUUAAUGUGUAUUUAUUUCAUAAAAACAAUUCCAGAAUGGGUUUCUGUUUUUUUUGGGGUAAAAAUGGAUCAAUAUAUCUACAUUGAAUCUUAUCUUACCAACAGUAUGUCCUUCUCAGUACUGAGUGGAAGUAUUUUCUGUUGUUGAUGCUUAGAAAAAUGAAUAUGUGCACAUGAAUUCAUUUAGAGGGCAGUAAGAAUGUAAACCAUCAAAGCUGAUCUGUAAUGACUCAGAUUUGAAUAAUGAAGCUGGUAAUCUGAACGUA